AAUGGCUUCAAUGGACAAAUCAUUAUCUCAGAGCCCCAUAUUUUUUUUUCUUUUUUUUUUCUAUAAGCCAUGAAUUUGUUGAUCUAUGUUGUCUUUUCAGAAGUCAGGCUGGUUGGAGGUUCUCGCUGCUCUGGGAGGUUAGAGAUACUUGAUGAUCAGUCGUCGUGGGUUUCAGUGUGUGCUGCUGCCUUUGACCAGCAGGAUGCAGAGGUUGUGUGUAGAGAGCUGGACUGUGGGGCUCCUGUACAGGUGCUGGGAGAAGAUGCUUUUGGAAAAGGAGAUGCUCAGAUGUGGACACAAGAGAUUCAGUGUAGAGGAAAUGAGUCUCAGAUUCACCUCUGCCCAACAUCACCACUAGUAAAAAGCUACUGUUCGCAUGAGCACAACAUUGGUUUGCUGUGUACUGACAUAAUAAAUGUGAGGUUGGUUGGUGGUCACAGUCACUGUGCUGGUAGAGUGGAGGUUCUUCAUAGAGGUCAGUGGGGAACAGUGUGUGGUGCUGGUUGGGAUUUGGCUGAUGCUGCAGUGGUGUGUAGAGAGCUGGACUGUGGAGAACCUGUAGAUGCUCUGAGUGAUGCUCAGUUUUUACCAGGAUCAAAACCAGUUUGGAUGAAAAAUGCGAUGUGUACUGGCUCAGAGUCUACACUUAAAAAAUGUGGAUUUUUACAAUUAGUUGAUCCUGAUGUGUGUCUUGAUAAGAAUGCACAAGUCAUUUGUUCAGGUAAGUUGAAGCUUAAAAAUCUUGUCUUAGUGUACAAAUUCAAUUGCACCAAAAGCAGUCAUAAUUUCAUUUUGCGUGACCAUUUUCCUCUUUCUUUAUGACCAUGCAAACUGUUAAAUAGUUCACCCAAAAAUGAAAAUUCUGUCAUCAUUU